AUGAAACCGGUACCGUUCCCGUAUGCCCUCAACAUUGGAACCGAUGAAUUACAAGAUUUCCAUGCCCGAUUUGGAUUGCACAAUCCUACUCCUCUUGAGCAAGAGCCUAGUAUCCCCGUUACAACUGAAAUGGCGCGCUGGCUAGCCGGACGAUUCGCGGCAAAGGAAGCAGCACGCAAAGCGGCGCCUGGAGGAGCGACUUCUGUCAGUUGGAAGGACGUGCUUGUGAGAGCUGCCCCGGCGUCGUCUGCUGGAAGUAGCAGACCGGAAAUCAUCUAUCUGAAUGGACAUGAAAGUCGGCUGGGCAAGUUGUCUAUUUCGCAUGAUGGUGACUACGUAGUUGCUACGGUGCUUGCUGCGGGAGAUUGA